CGAAUAUCGCAUUGGCUCUUUUCGUACUGUAAGCUCUGCCAGUGCAUUUGAAUUAUGUCCGAACACAUAUUUAACGAAAUCGCGAGUUUACACUGCCGGAUGCGUGCACCGUAACCAUCUACAUACAUGCUGGGUACAAUACAGACAGAGAUGGAUAGACGACUGAUCCACACACAUCCCGAUUCGACUCGUAUUUCGGUGAAUUGAUUCAGGAAAUAACGAGUCAGAGAAAUGAAUCGGUGACUUGCUGCGAUUUAACUUCGAACCAGUCGGACGAUUCCAGUUUUAAGUUCCGUUUCGAGCGGUGGGGAACGACCCGGUGGCGGAGCAGGCGCUGCCGCAGUUAAGUCAGCAGACUUGUGUGAUGAAGCUAGACGUUAGUGUUGUCCCCGCGUACCUUUUGCAAUCCCAGCUCAUCGCUUCGAAGUUUUGGAUCAAUCGGAAGCUGAGUCGCGCCGAAACACUCUACCCUUUGGUUUCGGAUUGGUUCCGAUGUCGUGGAGUAGAGUAAGGAACGAUGGGUGGAGAGGUCCGGGAUCGGUUCCGUUGCCAUCUGACACGAGACCAUCAUCACUGCUCUCAGCUGCAACAGCCUGAGCCUGACCAGACAACUGGGAGCGAUGCUAGCUAAGGCUACCGUUGCUAGCUUGCCUGCUGAUUCUCUCAUCUCGCUGUUUGGUUGGUCUAUGUGACGUAAGGGGUGUGCGCGACGCUUGACUCCUGAAGCUGACUAUUGAUGUGUCCAGAGGUGAUUUGUAUGUCUGGUGCAUGGCUAAGUGGGUUCUCUCGUGGAAGUUUGCUGGACUUUUCGCCGAGCGUUGCGUCGUCGUUGGAACUUUGGCCGUUGCUGCUGGCCAAGGAAAAUUCUUACAGGGUGUCGGCGAAACGGAUUCGGUGGAUGUUUUGUGUGAAGCGAGGUGCGGAGUUUAUGGUACCGGCGGAGUACCAUGCAGUAGCUGCAGCUAGAUUUCUUGCCGUCCAUGUUAUUGCUAGUGCUGAUUUGGUUUUCGUGCCGUUUGGGGUAGCAGUCUAGGUCUGUGCUGGCGAGUGGUACUAUUAAGCAGCCGUGGACUUGUCAGGGUUGGGGAAGGAGAAACUUGUGUGAUGGGAGUAAAUCGACGGAGACACACACAGGGAAGAGGAGAGAUUCUGGAUAUGGAGGUUGCCUUGUAAUUGUUUGUUUACUUGUACUCCUUGGUUAGACGGCAAAAUCUAGGGCUUCAUCGGGUAGAUUACAUAGUCAAGAUGAAUCUGAAACUCGACCUGACUUGUCAGGAGCAGGCUCACGGGAAUUAUCACUGAUGUCACUUGCUACAUGCCGCUCUACAGCGCAAUUCCUUGGAGUCAAGACACUUACCCCUUGUUUGCCGCGCGGCGAAUCAUGCUCAAAAGCAAGCGUUCGGAAGUUGCCUUCCACAGGAUAUGGUGUAAUAUUUUUUCGCCUAGGUUGUGGAGAUCUACAAAGCUCGACCUUCCAUUCUUGCAGGCCGAAGCUUCAGAGAAAAGGAUUCGAAAGGACUGUGAGUUGCUUAGAACAGGAUCUUGAACCCAUUGCUAGAGUAUUGGCAUUGGUAAAGGAGCUCAAGGAUGGUAAGGAAGGGACGGUGGUGAUUCGGCAAUGGGAGGCGCCAGGGCGUUGGUGCUUCUCUCUUUGGUUUUCGGAUUGCUGGUGAGGUGUGUGGGCGGGCAAGAUGCGCAAUCAGAUAUCGCGGCGUUGCUGGCGAUUAAGGCGGCCUUGGUCGAUCCUCAGGGGAUCCUGACCAACUGGGUCACGGGGUUCGGAAAUGCCCCGUGCGAUUGGAAUGGAGUAGUUUGCGUUGCGGGUCGUGUCCAGGAGAUUCUAUUACAACAGUACAACCUGCAAGGCCCUCUCGCAGCCGAGGUUGGUAACUUGAGUGAGCUCCGCCGACUGAACAUGCACACUAACCGUUUGAACGGCAACAUUCCGGCGUCGCUCGGAAACUGCAGCCUCUUACACGCGGUGUACCUCUUUGAAAAUGAAUUUUCAGGCAACAUUCCUCGGGAAGUUUUCCUUGGUUGUCCGAGGUUGCAGGUAUUCAGUGCUUCGCAGAAUUUGAUCGUUGGGGGCAUACCAAGCGAGGUCGGAACCUUACAAGUUCUGCGAAGCCUGGACUUAACGAGCAACAAGAUUGUUGGGAGCAUCCCUGUCGAGCUUUCCCAGUGCGUGGCGCUUAAUGUUCUCGCUCUCGGCAAUAAUCUGCUCUCUGGGAGCAUCCCCAACGAACUCGGUCAGUUGGUGAACCUCGAGCGGCUCGACUUGAGCAGGAACCAAAUCGGAGGCGAGAUUCCUUUGGGGCUCGCAAAUUUAGGGAGGCUGAAUACUUUGGAGUUGACGCAUAACAACCUCACAGGCGGGGUACCCAACAUUUUUACCAGCCAAGUGAGUUUGCAAAUCUUGCGGCUCGGGGAGAAUCUGUUGAGCGGGCCUUUACCCGCAGAGAUAGUCAAUGCCGUAGCCUUAUUGGAGCUCAACGUCGCGGCGAACUCUCUUUCUGGAGUAUUGCCAGCUCCCCUAUUCAACCUCGCGGGUUUGCAGACUCUAAACAUCUCCCGCAAUCAUUUCACCGGUGGCAUUCCGGCUCUGAGCGGGCUGAGAAAUAUUCAAUCAAUGGAUUUAAGUUAUAAUGCCCUCGAUGGCGCCCUUCCGAGUAGCCUGACGCAGCUUGCGAGUUUGAGAGUGCUCUCUCUCUCUGGGAAUAAGCUCUCGGGGAGUCUUCCUACAGGACUUGGACUUCUCGUAAACUUGCAAUUCUUGGCUCUUGACAGAAACCUCCUGAAUGGGAGCAUUCCAACCGACUUUGCCUCACUCCAAGCCUUGACGACUCUGUCUCUAGCUACAAAUGAUCUCACAGGUCCUAUUCCAGACGCAAUCGCCGAAUGCACUCAGCUUCAAGUUCUGGACUUGAGAGAGAACAGUUUGUCCGGCCCCAUUCCAAUUUCUCUGAGCUCACUUCAGAAUUUACAAGUGUUGCAAUUAGGGGCAAACGAAUUGAGUGGCUCACUGCCGCCAGAGCUCGGCACCUGCAUGAACCUGCGAACCCUAAACCUCAGCGGGCAGAGCUUUACGGGAAGUAUACCAUCGUCGUACACAUACCUUCCCAAUUUACGGGAGCUUGACCUUGAUGAUAAUCGUCUGAACGGUAGCAUCCCCGCGGGUUUUGUGAAUCUUUCUGAGCUCACCGUCCUCUCACUAAGUGGCAACUCCUUGAGCGGUUCCAUCUCCUCCGAACUAGUAAGGAUUCCUAAACUGACGAGACUAGCACUCGCAAGAAACCGCUUUACGGGAGAGAUAUCUUCGGAUAUCGGCGUCGCUAAAAAGCUUGAGGUUUUAGACUUAAGCGACAUUGGUCUCUACGGUAACCUCCCUCCGUCUCUCGCGAAUUGCACCAAUCUGAGAAGCCUUGACCUCCACGUCAACAAAUUCACAGGAGCGAUACCAGUAGGGAUAGCGCUGCUGCCGAGGUUAGAAACUCUAAACCUUCAACGGAAUGCACUAUCUGGUGGGAUUCCUGCCGAGUUCGGCAAUUUGUCGAUGUUAGCGUCUUUCAACGUAUCCCGCAACAACCUCACUGGAACGAUUCCGACGUCGUUAGAGAGUCUCAAUACCUUAGUGCUGCUUGACGUCUCCUACAACGACCUGCACGGCGCUAUUCCAAGCGUCCUGGGCGCAAAAUUCAGCAAAGCGUCCUUCGAGGGAAAUCCAAACCUCUGUGGACCUCCUCUUCAAGACACUAAUGGCUACUGUGAUGGUAGCAAGCCCUCAAAUUCAUUAGCCGCGAGAUGGAGGAGGUUCUGGACGUGGAAAGCCAUUAUUGGUGCUUGUGUGGGCGGGGGUGUGCUUGCUCUAAUUCUUCUGGCAUUGCUUUGCUUCUGUAUUGCUCGAAUUACUAGAAAACGGCGCAGCAAAAUUGGCCGCUCGCCAGGAUCGCCCAUGGACAAGGUGAUCAUGUUCCGAUCUCCCAUUACUCUGUCAAACAUUCAAGAGGCGACUGGCCAGUUCGAUGAGGAUCACGUCCUCAGCCGUACUCGCCAUGGUAUCGUUUUCAAGGCCAUUCUUCAGGAUGGUACAGUGAUGUCAGUGCGUCGGCUCCCCGACGGCGCCGUGGAAGAUAGCCUCUUCAAAGCGGAGGCUGAGAUGCUCGGUAAGGUCAAGCACCGCAACCUAACAGUCCUGCGAGGCUACUACGUUCACGGAGACGUCCGUCUCCUGGUCUACGACUACAUGCCAAACGGCAACCUUGCAUCCUUGCUGCAAGAAGCUGCACAACAAGACGGUCACGUGCUGAACUGGCCCAUGCGGCAUCUCAUUGCGCUUGGCGUGUCACGGGGCCUCUCCUUCCUGCACACUCAAUGUGAUCCUCCCAUUGUGCACGGUGAUGUGAAACCGAACAAUGUCCAGUUCGAUGCCGACUUCGAAGCACAUUUAUCAGAUUUUGGCCUUGACAAGCUUUCCGUCACUCCCACUGACCCCUCCUCGUCCUCCACGCCGGUCGGCUCGCUUGGCUACGUUUCCCCUGAGGCCACCAUGUCCGGGCAACUCUCCUCCGCAGCCGAUGUGUAUAGCUUCGGAAUCGUGCUUCUGGAGCUUCUCACGGGACGCAGGCCUGUCAUGUUCGCUAACCAGGACGAGGACAUUGUCAAGUGGGUGAAGAGACAACUACAAAGCGGGCAAGUCUCGGAGCUUUUCGACCCCAGCCUCCUAGACUUGGAUCCCGAAUCCUCUGAGUGGGAGGAGUUUCUUCUCGCUGUGAAGGUGGCGCUCUUGUGCACGGCGCCCGAUCCCAUGGACAGGCCUUCCAUGACCGAGGUGGUCUUUAUGCUUGAAGGAUGCCGCGUUGGGACUGAAAUGCCCACCUCGUCCUCGGAACCCACAAAUCAAGCCUCUCCUGUAUGAGUGCCGCUCUAACUCCGACAUUCAAGCUCUAUCGAUUGAUCUUUAUAACUUCGAGGAUGUCGACCUCGACACAGGUAAGUGCCAAUCCAACAGUCUGGCGUCUGGCUUAGCAUCAUACUAAGACAAGUCCAUCAAGUUUGUUGUAGUAUGAUGUUAAUCCAGAUAGUGUUUUCGCGAUUGCCAUACUCCACAACGCAAUUAGCUGCUGAGGAUUACUGCGCGCGGUUCCUCAUGGCGUUGUGUAAUCAACCUCUACAUCAACUUGAGCACGGCUAGUUGUUUUUUUAUUUUUUUAUUUUCUGUGUCUAUUUAACUUAUUUUAUUUUUGGACAUUUUGGUUCUCGGCCGUUGGCUCAGCUCAAGGAGCCACUUGUUUUUCCUUCACAGCUCGCACAGUUUUGAUUAAUUGCCGACGUAGCAAGGAGCAUGAAGGUAGCAAAUGGUACUGUAAUUUUUUUCAUUUGCCUUUCUCGCUGUGGAUUCAACCACGCCUUAGACUCUAGGGAAUAGCUCUAUUGUACGGUACAGGGGGGACGACGACGACGACCACGCAUCAUCUCAUGAUAAUUUAUUUCUCCAAGCAGCAGGAAGUAGCGAGAGCUCUCUUCGCCUGCGUCAUUUGUACAGCACGAUUCUGUCUGCGUCUGUGCUGCGUGCACAAUAAACAGACCGUUUCGGCUUGCCUAUGUUCUUCCUCCUCACACCCAUUUUCGUGAAUCUAUGGCUCUUAGACUC